GUUUCUGUUCCAGAUGAUCGGGCUGAACAACGAACCUGUCUCAUUUGUGGGGACCGUGCCACAGGCUUGCACUAUGGAAUCAUCUCCUGUGAGGGCUGCAAAGGGUUUUUCAAGCGGAGCAUUUGCAACAAGCGGGUAUAUCGGUGCAGUCGUGACAAGAACUGUGUCAUGUCUCGGAAGCAGAGGAACAGGUGCCAGUACUGCCGCCUGCUCAAAUGCCUCCAAAUGGGGAUGAACCGGAAGGCAAUCAGAGAAGAUGGCAUGCCUGGAGGUCGGAAUAAGAGCAUCGGGCCAGUCCAGAUAUCAGAGGAAGAGAUCGAAAGGAUUAUGUCUGGGCAGGAAUUUGAGGAAGAAGCCAAUCACUGGAGCAACCAUGGUGACAGCGACCACAGUUCCCCUGGGAACAGGGCUUCAGAGAGCAACCAGCCCUCACCGGGCUCCACACUGUCCUCCAGGUCUGUGGAACUAAAUGGAUUCAUGGCAUUCAGGGAUCAGUACAUGGGGAUGUCUGUGCCUCCACACUAUCAAUAUAUACCACACCUUUUUAGCUAUUCUGCCCACUCGCCACUUCUGCCCCCACAAGCUCGCAGCCUGGAUCCCCAGUCAUACAGUCUGAUUCAUCAGCUCGUGUCAGCCGAGGACUUGGAGCCACUGGGCACGCCCAUGUUGAUUGAAGAUGGAUAUGCUGUGACUCAGGCAGAGCUAUUUGCCUUGCUUUGUCGCCUGGCUGACGAGCUGCUCUUCAGGCAGAUUGCCUGGAUCAAGAAACUGCCUUUCUUCUGUGAGCUCUCAAUCAAGGAUUACACGUGCCUCCUGAGCUCUACGUGGCAGGAAUUAAUCCUGUUGUCCUCCCUCACCGUUUACAGCAAGCAGAUCUUUGGGGAGCUGGCCGAUGUCACUGCCAAGUACUCACCCUCUGAUGAAGAGCUACACAGAUUUAGUGAUGAAGGGAUGGAGGUGAUUGAGCGGCUCAUCUACCUGUAUCACAAAUUCCAUCAGCUAAAAGUGAGCAAUGAGGAGUAUGCUUGCAUGAAAGCAAUUAACUUCCUAAAUCAAGAUAUCAGGGGUCUGACCAGUGCCUCGCAGCUGGAACAGUUGAACAAACGAUAUUGGUACAUUUGCCAGGAUUUCACUGAAUAUAAGUAUACACAUCAGCCGAACCGUUUUCCUGACCUCAUGAUGUGCUUACCUGAGAUUCGCUAUAUUGCAGGAAAGAUGGUGAAUGUACCCCUGGAGCAGCUGCCCCUCCUCUUUAAGGUGGUGCUGCAUUCCUGCAAGACAAGUGUGGGCAAGGAGUGACCUGUCCCCAGCACCCCUCCUCAGGCUGACCACAACACCUGGGGUGGGCAGGACAGGCUCCGGAAGAAAGAGCCAGAGAGACCAAGAUGGAGGCUGUGGAGCAGCGUUGCCGGUUGCCUCCAUAGCAAGAAGAGUUUUUGUUUGUUUGUCUGUUUUUUAACCUCAUUUUUCUAUAUAUUUAUUUCACGACAGAGUUGAAUGUAUGGCCUUCAACAUGAUGCACAUGCUUUUGUGUGAAUGCAGCCGAUGCAUUUCCUUGCAGUUUACAGAAUGUGAAGAUGUUUAAUGUUACAGUGUUGUCAUUGUUUAGAGAUAGUUCUUUUGUAUUUUGAGGGGAGAGGGUGGGAUGGGGCUGAGAUGACUAUUUCCAUAAUGUUGACAAAGAUGACUACCUCAGUGGAAAGGGAGGGGUGUGACCAACCCUACUUUUUCCACAUGUUCUCAGCAGACUCAUGUAUUUGUCUGUCAGAGAGCAAACUGCCUUUUUCUAGCUCCAGAAUUGCCAGGUAAAAGAGCACACCGUAAAAGGGAAAGUGGUGUUAGGAGGUUUACUGAGUGAGGUGGAUGAGACAUAGGGAAGAGGACAAGAGAUGAGGCUCGAACCGUCUCUUUUCUUUGGAAAACGUGAAGGUUGAGAGUGUCGGGCACAGUGACCACAUCUAAGUCAGGUGUCCUCCUUCCAGACAGGUGCUCAGGGAGAAGGGUUUCUGUUCUCACACCACUCUGUGCCCCUUGCCCCCGUCCAUAUUGCCGCUGAUUUCUACCACUGUCACCUUUUCGUCCAGGUGAAGUCCUGGCAAUGAGCUAAUACUUGGGACUUGCCUCCCAGCUCCCUUGAGGCUCACAGCUACCUAGUUUCCUUACCUUGCUCAAACUCAUUGCCUCUCUCGCCCUUGUAAACUCGACUUCCUGUUGGCCCCUGGAAAAAAAAACAACAAAAUGUCCUGCUCUGAAUCCUGGCACCCACUGCUGGUUUAUUCUCCUUUUACCUUCAGAGGGUAGUGGGACAAAGGCCAGCCUACUAAUAGAAGAAACACUCCUCCUUUGGAGUCUCUGUUUCUCUCCCCACUUCACCCCUUCCAGUGCCACCCCCAGGUCUGAAUCCAAAACUGUGGUCUCUUUUCCAAACAGUGCGAAGGACCGUUCGCCUGUCUGCUGACCAGAAUUUUUCCCCCUGCAUUCUACUCCAGGCUCUCCUCAUCUCCGAAAAUGAGACCAGCUUUCCUCAGGAUGGGAAGCCCAAGACCCAGAGCAGCCCAGCUGCUCCGUAGAGUAUCAGCAGACUGGCUGACCAAGGCCUGGAGGUCUGGAGUCCAAAGCUCCUGGAAGGGAGGGGCGGCUUUAAACUACCUCAUUUUUCUAAAGGCCUGGCUGCCCCCUCUGCAGCUAUGGCCUAUACCCCUGUUCUUUCACGACCUGCCCACCUAGUGCCGGGAAGUGUUCCUUACCCUCUUUGCUUUGGCCAGCGAUCACACCAGCUCUGUCGUGGAACUCUCUCAGGGGCUUUUCCCUUCUCUGCCUUACUGUAGUGGUUGCUCCUGUGUAACCCAGGUACCUCCCCGAGCCAGUGCAGCAGGCAGACCCCUUAGCUGGGUGGGCUUGAGGGGCCUGUAGCACCUCCUUUUGCCUGUUGAGUCAAAGGCCGUUUGCUCUCUUCCCAACUCAGCAUAGUUACUCAGAGGGCCACCACACUGCGUGCAUGUCGGGUAGUCUGGGUCAGAUUGUAAUUUUUUCUUUCUGGUGAAAUGUUACGGGUACCAGCAGUGAUGACUUUGUCCCUUGAUGGAUCUAAAACUCAGAGCACUACUUCUUGAUGCUAUUUCCCCGACUGCUCUG